AACUAUCACUAGACUAUGAGUAUCAGUGACUGAGUGAUGUUUGUUUAGUUUAGGAUUGAGGACUACUGAUCUACAUCUAACUCAUGAUUAGAUAUUAUUAGAUAGUCAUGGAAGAUAGCAUUAGUUCGUUUCCUAUCAACAAUAAUAAAACUAAAGAUCUAGAUCUAGGCAAUGUUGAUUACAUAACUUUUGUAUCACUCACUCACAGCUGCAAGUUAAAAGAAGCGCAACUACAAGCAACAAAUCAGGAAAUCAGCGCUGUUGAAAAGGAAGUCAAUGUACUAAGACUUGAAAAACAGUGGUGUUUUGAUGAAAAGGGUAACAGAAUUAUUCCAACAGCUGAGCAGCAGGCAUUAGACAUUUCUCAGAAAUUAGUGUCACAUCCUCACCUUGUUGAAGAUGUUGUCAAAGCUCUAAGAAUGAAGAGAAUAGAUCUACAAAGCAAUUUAACAGAACUCCAAAUGAAACUUAACUUACUGAAAGGAGAUAUUAAAAAGUUGUGAGAAUAAUACAGUACUUGAUCUGUUUCUUUUGUUAUUUGUAAAUGUACUAACAGAAACUUGUAUUAAAAUGUUCUAGUCCU